CGCACUAAUUAAAGCAGGCAUUGGGGCAUUGGUAACUCCGAUCCAGAAGACCAGAAGGCUCUUUUCUCCCCUGGGUCAUUCUGAACUUGAAGAACGGCACACCAAGCGGAAGGAGCACUUGCUCUCCUGCAGAAAACAUAUCCGCACUGCAGCAAAUCCAGUGUAAGCUCUCCUCGUCCAUUGAAUCCUCCGAUACUCCGUGUUGUUCCAUAUUCCAAUAUGAGGAAGCCUAGCAAUGGAUGCAAAGAGAGGGGGGCAUGUCACUUCUGGAAUGCUUACACAGAUGAUCAAGACAAGCAUUUCUUCAAGGUUUUGGUUGGUGAUUUUCAUAAAAAAUUGGUCUUGCCCGAUAAACUUGCGCUACACUUCAGAGGCAAAAAAGCAAGAAGUAUUAAGCUUGAAUCCCGUAGUGGCCAUACUUUUAAUGUUCAAGUUGCAAAGAAUUCGGGCAGACUAGAGCUUCAAUCUGGAUGGGAGUCGUUUGUUAGUGCUCAUGGCUUGAAAAUGAUGGACUUUUUGGUAUUCAAGUAUGACGAGAUCUCUCAAAUGAAGGUUCUGAUCUUUGAUCCUACUGGUUGUGAGAAAGUACCACCAUGUUUUGUCACGGAAAAUGCUAUUAGUGGUAGACAAAUGAAAGAAGAAUCCAUUGGCACUUCAAGCAACUAUACUAAUCUUCCCAUGAAAACACCACUAGUUAAAAAGAAGGCAAGGAAGCAAAGGGACGGGUGUAAGAUUGCUAAUAUCAGUUCAUCAUGCUCCCCAUCUGAGUCAUCAGGAGGUUCGGCAUCUUCAGAUGAACAUGAAUUGCAUUCUGUUCCGAGUUGCAUCCUCCCACGAGGCACCAGCCUCACUAAUGUUCAAAAGAAGCAACUGAAGGAAAAAGUCGGAGCUAUUUGUUCUGAAAUCCCUAUCUAUGGGUGUGUCAUGAAGAAGUCCAAUGUGUAUGGAGAACAGCAAUGUAUGGGCUUCUCUGGAGAAUAUUCUGAAGCAUGUCUUCCGUUCAGGGAGAGGACGUUGAUGCUUCAUUGUCAUGGCAAGAGUUGGGAAGUGAUGUGCCGCGUUCAGGUUCGAAGAGGACGCCGCAAUUUCCAUAAUCUUUGCAAAGGGUGGAAACGGUUUGUACGUGACAACAAUUUGCGGCUUGGAGAUCUCUGCCUCUUCGAGCCACUGGAGACCAAGAAGUACACGAUGAAUGUGCAUAUCGUCCGUGAAAAACACUGGAGCCAGCUUUUGUAAUGGUGAUAGCAACUCUUUUAUGCUUGACCAGAGUACAGCUUACUCUGCUGAUAAACAGUCCGUAUAUGAUCUAUCCAUGCCCUGCCCUGAUUGGAUC